CGGAAGUUGCAGUUUAAACCUGUUUGACUUGACCAAUCACAAGUCUAGCUUGUCUCUGGUAUCAUAGUCCAGUUUUGUUAGCUUUUAGCUGGCGUUGUGGUGUUUAUGGACGUCGGUUGGUAAUUUCUCCACCUAACACCAUGUGUGGAGUUAGUUAGGCUAACGUUUUUAUAUGAAUGUGAAAUGUUAGUUUGAGUUGCUAACGUUAGCUGAUAGCUAGCUUUCCAGAGGUUUUUUUUAGAGGAGUUGUAGUUAGUUAGCGUUAGCAGUCCAGUUCACUGACCCCUCUGCUAAAUGGCGACAUAGCAACACUGACUCACAUCUCCAAAGUCCGGGGAAACUUCACAUAUUUUCUGGGUUGCUGUUUUUAACCAAAAUGUCACAACUUGAUGAUUGUGACGAUACCACCCCUCUGCUCAGGGAUGAUGCAAGCAGUGACGACUCUCAGGAUGAAGAUUACAAGAGUCGGUGGAGGUCCAUCCGAGUCAUGUAUUUCACCAUGUUUCUCAGCAGUGUGGGUUUCACUAUUGUCAUCACAUCACUUUGGCCGUAUUUGCAAAAGAUUGAUGAUAGCGCAAAUGCCAGCUUCCUGGGAUGGGUGGUGGCGGCCUACAGCCUCGGUCAGAUGGUGGCCUCGCCCAUUUUUGGCCUGUGGUCUAAUUACAGACCUCGCAGGGAGCCUCUGGUGUGCUCCAUCUUCAUCAACCUGUCAGCCAAUAUUUACUACGCCUACGUGUAUCUGCCCAAGACACAUAACAAGUUCCACAUGCUCAUGUCCAGAGCCUUUGUGGGGUUCGGAGCAGGCAAUGUUGCUGUGGUGAGGUCCUAUGUUGCUGGAGCCACAUCACUGAAGGAGAGAACCAGUGCCAUGGCGAACAUGAGUGCCUGUCAGGCCCUAGGUUUCAUCCUGGGACCAGCUCUUCAGGCAUGCCUGUCAUUCAUUGGUGAGCACGGUGUCACAGUGAAGAUCAUAGACCUGCAGCUCAACAUGUACACUGCUCCAGCUCUACUGGCUGCAGCUUUUGGCCUCGUCAACAUCCUGCUGGUCUUCUUGGUGCUGAGAGAGCACCGUGUUGAUGACGAUGGAAGACACAUUCGAGCCAUCAACUACACAUCAGAAGACAGAGUGGAUCUUAUCGAAGAAAGCGACGAACCCAUCGAUCAGGUGGCGGUCCUGACCUCCAACGUCCUCUUCUUCGUCGUCAUGUUCAUCUUUGCUGUUUUUGAGACAAUUGCCACGCCUCUGUCCAUGGACAUGUUCGCAUGGACAAGGAAGGAAGCUGUUUUAUACAAUGGCAUCAUCAUCUGCUGCAUUGGAUUUGAAUCCAUCCUUGUUUUUCUGGUUGUAAAAGUGGCUUCUCAGAGGGUUGGGGAUCGUCCGGUGCUGCUAGCAGGCCUGGCCAUUAUAUUCUGUGGCUUCUUCAUUCUGCUUCCAUGGGGGAAUCAUUACCCCAAAAUCCAGUGGGCAGACCUCAAAAACAACUCCUUGGUCAGUCAGGUAUCUAAAGCCACAAUAGCUUCCAACAGCUCUCUGGAGCCAACAGGCUGCCCGUAUGAACAGACCUGGUGUCAGUACACCCCUGCAAUACACCUUGCCCAGUACAUCUCAUCUGACAUCUUGAUUGGGGUGGGAUACCCAGCCUGCAAUGUCAUGUCCUACACACUGUAUUCCAAAAUCCUGGGACCCAAGCCACAGGGUGUGUACAUGGGGUGGUUGACAGCCUCUGGCAGUGGUGCGCGGACUUUGGGCCCUGUGUUUGUCUCGCAGGUUUAUACCAUCCUGGGACCUCGUUGGGCCUUCAGCCUCAUCUGCGGUAUGGUGGUAGGGGCCAUCAUCCUCCUCAGCUCUGCUUACCACAGACUCAUAGCAUUUUCUGUACGACACGGAAGGACUGUAGAGUAACGAUUACCACUGGAGAGACUGAUUCCUUCUUUUAUUCUCCAGGACUUUUUAAAAAUCCUGGUGGCUUUUUGUUGCUGUUACUCACUUUACAGUGUGGUAACUACUUAAGCCUUUGAGAGUUUGUAACUCAGGGUUGACCUUUGAACUCAAAGGCGAAGAGAUAAGGCCAGGUUUUUCCUCAUGACUUGACCGAAGAUGGCUGCAUCGCUUUGAGUUCAAAGGGAGCUAGAACUGCAGCUGCACUAUUACAUACCCGUUGUGAAAGAAGCCAUGUGACACACAUUCAUUAACAUGGAUGUAUUGCCUUGUAUGUGGUGGGGGCAUGGCAUGACAUCAAACAAACUAUAGUUUAAAUCAACAAGUUACUAAACAUUUGUUACUGAAUUACUGCACAGGUUUUAUGUGAUUGAAUUGUUGGUUUUAAAGAUAAAUUAAUUCUAAAAUAUAUGAAAACAGAGGCCACUUGAUCAAAGCAUUUGCAAAAUAGGAGAUGGUUCUCAGACUGGCUAUGCACUGAAUUAUGAAAUUAGUUUUUGAAAUCCACAGGCACACGAACAGUCCAUGUAAACAACCAUGACCUAAUUAAUGGUACUUGAAAACAAAUACUGUCAAAUUGUUAAUUUAGUUUUUACUGGCAGAAAAUGUGCUGACUCUUGAAAUAUGUUUGAUUGACUGGAUUUGGCAUUCCUUAUACUGAAUGUACUAAACUAUCAACAGUUGUUAUUUCAGUUUUACUGCGCAGUGAUUCUUGUUGUGCAAUAAAUGUGACUCUUGAGACAAUUUGAAUUUGAAACAUUUCCACAUUUAACUUUUCCUCAAAGGAAAAAUACUGAUAAUAUUUUUCCUAUUUCCAUUAUAAGCUUUUCUUGUGGUUGUUUACAACUACAGGUCCUUGUCUACCUGAAAUAAUUCAGAAAGUGAUGUGUGAAUGUAUGUGUUCUAAUGAUUAACUGAAUAAUGCAUUAAAGAUUGAAUGUGAUUUUA